AUGGAAGCGCAAGUACUCACAGAAGGGGUAAAUACCUUAAAAAUUUACAAACACAACAAGAUCACCUUACAAGGCAAAUUUUUGGGAAAAAUUAGCAAAUUCAAAUCAAUACAACAGGCUGAACAGAAACACCUCACGGUAAAUUGUAAUUUUUUAUGUGAACAUUACAAGAAAUCUACCUCUGAUAUACACUUACGUGGUCAAUUUAUAAGAGGUGUACAAUCUAAUGAAAUUCGAGAAAAAUUAUUACAAACUACAAGUGAUCCUACAAAUUCAAAACCCAAUGCUUUUUCUAAUGUUGUUUCCAUUGCAUCGCCGAUUGAAGCAUCGAAACUGGACUCAAGGGUUUUUCGUGAAAGUGAAAAUGUUGUGCCGGAAGAUAAUGGAAAUUCAAUUAUUGAAAAGUGUUAUGAGGAUUCUCAAGGUCCAGUUAAUUCAUCUAUUGAAGAAAACGAUAAUCAUAUUUCUCUUACCAGUAAUUCUAAUUGUCAUGAAUUUAUUGAUGAUCCUUCAACAAGCGACAACAAUGUUGAUGUUGAUAGUAACAAAAAAAUGGAAAAUAAAGACUUAGAAUUUCCUCAUCGUUCAACAAGACCGCUCCCUAUAUUAGUAACAAGUAUUCUCUUGAAAAAUCUUGUUAUCUCUGGUCUCCAAGAACAUGGAAAAAAUGUCCUAUCGACUCACUUAGAUUAUAAAUACGAUCACGAAGAAAAAGUAUGUGUACCAUCUGGUAAAAAAAUCGUUGUUGCCAAUCGUCGAAAAUCAGAAUUUUUAAUUACUGAAAAUCUUACUGGUUUAAUUAAACAGCAUAUAGACCAUCAGUUUAACCUGUCUAAUUCUAAAUUUCAUGUUAGCAUUUGUAGUACUUGUCGAAGAACUAUAAUGGAAUCAAAGAAAAGUAAUCCAAACAGGCCACUUCCAACAAUGCCUAAUUAUGUAGACAUGCAUUUAGCAGAAGAAACUAGAACCAGGACAACUUCUGAUUGGAAUUGUUUUAUAUUUCUAACGGCACGAUUCAGAGGUCAUUCUAAAAUAGUUAAAGGCAAAAGUAAUGUACGUACUUUUGAUACUAUAAUAGGUCAAAAUUGUGGUCUUCAUGGAGCUGCUUCAUAUCAUGAUCUUCCGUCUACAAGUGGACAAAGUAAUACUGAAAAGAUAACGUCCAUGAACUUUUGCAAUGCGUGUUUUCAGAAAACUGGCAAGGGUUUGCGUCAUUAUUGUGGCGCAGGUCCUUCUUCAUUUAAUGCCCGUGAAAACGUCUUGAGUUUAGUAGAAAGAUUACCAGAAAAGGAACAAAAAAAAUCCACCCAUCUUGAAAAAAGGAUUAGCUAG